AUCACUCGUCGGCCUUCCUCUCAGCUGACACAUUUAUGGAUCACUCUCUGAAGUCUCAUCAGAACCUUCAGCCCGUCCUCCCGGUCCUGCUCGCUGCCACGUCACUGGAUCAUGUGCGAUGACGUGUCUCCAUGUUUGGGUCGGUUUGGUUAAAAGUGUCCAUGAAUUAUUUUACCACUAACAUGCUCUCACAGCUUACCUUUCACAGGACGGAUCGUCCCCGUCAUCGUUUUCCCGGAAGAGCGGGUCAUGAAUGAUGCAUUUUUACAAAAGCUCUGCAAUUUAGCGCAGAGACGCGGCCGGCUGUGAUUGGCUGAGAGCUGCAGGAGGUCACCUGGUGGAAAUAUAAAACAGGUGAGAUAGGAGUGAGCGUGUCAGUGCCUGGUGAAACUCUUCCAUAUCACACACACACCUGCAGACACAGAGGAGCCGGGUUCGAUGAGAUCAGACAUGAGGCUGGUGGCUCUGGUCGUGGUCUGCGGGCUGAUCGUGGGUCAGGAUGCUCAGCAGGGAUCCGAGUCUGCACAGAGGACACCUGCGACAGGUGAGAGACCGACGAUUAAUGAACUAAUUAACUCAAAUUUAAAAUGUGAAAAUGCUGCAGUGAUUCAUUAGUUUUUAAUUAAUGAAUCAACAGAUUUCAAAAUAAAGUGCCUGAUUUUAUAAGUGGAAUAAAAUAUAUAUAUUUAAUAAAAAGCAAAAACUGAACAGAAAUAAUUUUUCAUGAAUUUAAAAAACAGAAAAACACUCUUUUUAUAUCAGUUUGAAUUUUAAUUUUGUCCAACUGUUGAAUUUCCAUUCGGGGAUCAAUAAAGUUCUUCUUAUCUUAUUUUAUCUUAAAUCAGUUGAAUUAAUUCUUCAUAUAAAUAAAAAUAAAAAUGUUCAGCUAAAAUACAAAACGGCACCUUUUUUGCGCCUUAUUUGGAAAUAAUGUCUUUUCCUGUACGUUAAAUUAUUUUAAUUAAGCACAAAAAUCUGCCGUAUUUUUCCUCUUCUACUCAAAAAAAGGUUUCGGGAAUAUGAAUCAAGUUUUUGUUCAAACUUAAAGUUUAAAGCUUAAAGUUUCCUUUUGAUAUUUUCUAAAUUAAAAUAAUAUAUAUAUAAUAUUAUAAUUUAUUUUGUAUUUCUUUGAAUAUUUCUGUAUGAAUAAAUUCAAAAAUAUAUUUUUGCAUAAACUUUUGUUGUUUCUAUGAUUCAUCAAAUAUUUAGAUUAGAUGUUUUUCUGCCCUCAGUAAUUUCUUUUCUCCUUUUUUCAGUUUCAUGAUUUUUUAAAUACAUUGUGAGCUGUUUGUUAGUCUUAUGUUAUGUUUUUGUUAUUUAGUGAUUUUUAAAAAUAUAUAUAUUUAUUUAUUUUGUAAAUGUUUGUGCCGUUGACCCUCAGGGCUUACCAUAGACUGUAUAUAGAAAAGUAUAAUAAUAGUAUAAACAGUCUAUGGGAAAAUAAAAAAAAAACAUCUUUACAGAAAUAAAAAGUUUGUUUGUUUAUCAGUUUUAGCCUUAAAGAAAUCGUCUCCGUUUGUCCGUGUUGGUCUUCCAUACUAAAAGCUGCUCCAUCACUGACCUUCUUCCUUACCUCUCCACGGUCAGCUGAAGUUCUGCCUGUUCUGGUUCUCCUCAGGUUCGGUCCUCUCCGCCCUCAGCAGGAGGUCCACCGGGGAGCUCGUGGAGGAGGACCCGAGCACGUGCUUCUCUCUGCGGGAGAACGAGGAGCAGCGGCAGCUCCUCUGCAACGACCGGAGGAGCAAAUUCAACUUCAACCCGUUCGGCCUCCGGUUCGGGAAACGGUUCAACAGCUACGUUUACAGGAGGGCCGUGAAGAGAGCCCGGACCAAUAAGUUCUCACCGCUUUCUCUCUUCUCGCGAGAACUCGAGGUGCCCACCUGAGAUCCCGUGAGGACACCUGAGACAGCUCCUUACAGAAAAGCACUUUACUGCUGAAAACAUGAAGCUCUGUGAAUCUCCUUUUGUACUCUUAUUCACUGUGAAAACACUGAGAAUGUCAAUAAAAGACAUUUUAACACAGAA